AUGAGAGACAGGGGCGGACCGCCUAGUGGGCCUAUAGGGGCCCUGGCCCCUGCGCUUUUUUUACCAAAAUCCCUUCCAGGCUUCCAUAGUUUACAGUCUAAUAGAUUAGGAAACCCAAAUUUCUCAACCGGCCCCCCCACUUCCAGGCGACCAGGCGACGGCGUAGGACUCGAGAGCGACGAGAGGGAGAGAGACGAGAGCGAGAGCGACGAGAGCGAGAGCGAGAGCGACGAGAGCGAGAGGGCGGAGGCGGCAGGGCAGGGCAGCGCCAGCGGAGGCGGAGGCGGGCCAGGCGGAGGCGGGAGGCGGCAGCAAUCAGCACUGCAGGCGGUCGACCGUCGACGGCAAGCUCUCAGCCGAUUUACUGAUUUAGACAUUUAG